CCAUUUUGUGAACUUUUUUGUACGAAAGAACAACAUUUUCUGAAGCACUUCUAUAUGUCGACUCUCCAUGAUGACUUAUAUGAGAAUGCUACGGCGCUUCAUAAUGAAACAGUUUUCCCAGAAGAAACUUUGGAAGUUUACCUUCGUUAUUUUUGUCUUCUUAAUAUUUUUGGUUUUGUUACAACGAGAAGUAGGUGUUCAAGAAUUUAAUGAGGGACGAGGAAUGCCAUCUCAUGAUGAAAAGAAAACUGUAUUAGAUCUAGUGUUAAAUGCUGUGAACAACAUUAAAGCUGCAAAACCAAAAAUGCAAAUUAAAGCACCUCUUAGGCAGACUCAUAAUGCUGAACAGAAGCAUUGUUUACCAGGAUAUUACACAGCUGCUGAACUGACUCCUUACCUUGAGCGUCCCCCUCAGGAUCCUAAUACUCCAGGGGCUUCUGGUAAAGCAUUCAAAAUGAUCAGUUUAAGCCCAGAUGAACAGAAAGAGAAAGAGAGUGGUGAAGAAAAGCAUUGUUUUAAUUUAUUUGCAAGUGACAGGAUUUCUUUACAUCGAGAUCUAGGACCAGACACACGACCGCCUGAAUGUAUUGAGCAGAAAUUUAAGCGCUGUCCUCCACUGCCUACUACAAGUGUUAUCAUAGUGUUUCACAAUGAAGCAUGGUCAACUCUUCUGAGAACAGUUUUUAGUGUGAUGCAUACUUCCCCUGCAAUAUUAUUGAAGGAAAUAAUUUUGGUAGAUGAUGCCAGUGUAGACGACUACUUGCAGGAUAAACUGGAUGAGUAUGUGAAACAAUUCCAAAUAGUUAAAGUUGUCCGACAAAAGGAAAGAAAGGGGCUUAUCACUGCUCGACUGUUAGGUGCUUCAGUAGCUACUGGAGAAACCCUGACUUUUUUGGAUGCACACUGUGAGUGCUUUUAUGGAUGGCUAGAACCUUUACUAGCCAGAAUAGCUGAAAAUUAUACUUGUGUUGUAAGCCCUGAUAUUUCCUCAAUUGACCUCAAUACUUUUGAAUUUAAUAAACCUUCUCCUUAUGGUCAAAACCACAACAGAGGAAAUUUUGACUGGAAUUUAUCCUUUGGCUGGGAAUCUCUGCCAGAACAUGAAAACAAAAAAAGGAAAGAUGAAACCUAUCCUAUUAAAACACCAACUUUUGCAGGAGGUCUUUUUUCAAUAUCAAAGGACUAUUUUUAUAAAAUUGGAAGCUAUGAUGAAGAAAUGGAAAUAUGGGGAGGAGAAAAUCUAGAAAUGUCUUUCCGAGUGUGGCAGUGUGGGGGGCAGUUGGAAAUUAUACCUUGCUCAGUUGUGGGUCAUGUGUUUCGCAGCAAGAGCCCUCAUACCUUUCCAAAAGGGACUCAAGUGAUUACCCGCAAUCAAGUUCGCCUUGCAGAAGUAUGGAUGGAUGAAUAUAAAUAUAUAUUUUAUCGGAGAAACACAGAAGCAACAAAAAUUGUUAAACAAAAAUCAUUUGGCAAUCUCGCAAAAAGAUAUGAGUUAAGACAACAAUUACAGUGUAAAAAUUUUACAUGGUACCUCAGCAAUGUUUUCCCUGAAGCAUAUAUACCAGAUUUGAAUCCUAUGUUACAUGGUUUUCUAAAAAAUGUUGGAAGAAGAGCAUGUUUGGAUGUUGGAGAAAAUAAUUUAGGCGGCAAGCCACUGAUAAUGUAUACUUGUCAUGGGCUUGGAGGAAACCAGUAUUUUGAGUACACUGCACACCAUGAAAUUAGACACAAUAUUCAGAAGGAGCUAUGCCUACAUAGUUCUCAAGGAGUAAUACAACUUAAUGAGUGCGGUUUCAAAGGAAAGAUGAGCAAGACUCCUGAAGAAGAGAAAUGGGAGCUUCGAAAGGAUCAGUUGUUAUACAAUGCAGCAUCCAAUAUGUGCCUUACGGGAAGCAGAGAACAUCCAAGUAUGGAAUCAUGUAAUCCCUCAGACUUAUUUCAGAAAUGGAUUUUUGGCCAUCAAAAUUAGGUACUGAAAGUGAUAAUGAAAUCAACAAAUUAGAAUUGCAGUAGUUCUUUCAAGAUUUAACUGAUUUAACUUACAUUUCUAAGCUGCCGCCCCCUGGCAUAAAUCUGAAGAACACAUUAGUUUCUUAACUGUUUAAUAUGUUUACAGAAUACUGAAAAUUACAUUUUCAGUAGACAUCUUUAGGAUGUAAUUUCUUAUGUUUGACGAUCUAUGUGUCUGUCAAAUAUUUUACAUGGCAA